AUGGCGAGCCCCGAACUCGCUGAAAAGCUGAAGAAGCGUCUGGAUGAGCACCCAGAAAAGGAAGAGGCAGUCCAUUUUGAACCGCCUCCACCGGCACCAAUCAUACCUCUGAAAGUAAGUGAGUGUUUAGAAUGUCCGAUGUAUUAUAGAAGGUUUCAGAUUGUUGAAAAUCCGUACGUCCCGAAAGCCGAGACCUCAAUUGAUGAUUUGAUUUUCAAAGCAUUAGAGAAGAAAGAGGAAAACAACAACAAUCAAGUGACGGCCCCUCUGAAAGUGGAAACGGAAUCUGUGGUCCCUCCGGUUCCCACUCAUCAGAAGCCAAUCAACGUGGAUCCUCGCAGUCCUCCUCCCAAACGAUCCAUUCAAGAACUGCUGGAAAGGGAGCGAUUGGAGCAGGAACAGAAGCAACAGAAUGCGCCGGUCCCGAAGACGCCGGUGAUGGUCAUCUCGAAAGGCGCGUUCCCGAGAAGUGCAUCGCCGAGACGACAACAGUUUGUGAGGGAGAACGAGGAUGGAAACGAGCUGGAGAAGAAGUUGGCGGCGCAGAGAACGAAAAAGUACACGGAGGAGUUGGAAGCGCUCAAACAGAAGCCAGUCGACGUGCUCGACGAAAUAAUGAGGAGUGUAAGUUGGGGCGGAUUGAAAAGGGAUUGAAUUACUAACAAUGGGUGUUGUGAACCAAACAGGUAGACCACAUUUAUUUUCUUUAUGUCUUCCAAUCACACAAAUUCUCUCGUUUCCAGCCUCCUCCACCAGCACAAUCCCAACCACAACUGCCUAAGAGUCCUCCUCCGCCAACGCCUCCAGCCAGAAUCACCAGUGUCCGUUCAGACGAAUCAUUGGAAGAAGAGGACCGUCAGAGGAAAGAAACGGAAGAAACAGCUACAUUUGAAGAGUUGGAGGCGGAGAUAAUGCGAAUCUCGAGAAGUCCAGUGCCCCCGCCAGUGCUCAGCAUCCCACCUCCGCCUCCUCCGAGCAUUCCUCUUCCUCCGACUCCUCAGCUGAUCCCAUCUCCACCGUCUCCACGUCCGACGAGUGUGCCCCCACCAAUUCCGAGUCCAGGGCCUUUUGAAGAUGUCAACGUGGAUGAGCUCAUCGAAUCCUUCACUGAUUCGGUUAUUAUCAACUCCUUUUCUCCGCCUCCGCCACUUCCGCCGCUUCGGGAAUCUUCACUGGAAGCGGAACCAAUAGAGAACACGCCGGAAGAUCCAACUCCGGCGCCAUUAGCUGAACAAGAAGCUGUAGAACCAGAAACUGCCCCGGAGGUUCCGAAAGCAUCCCAAAAUGCUUCAGAAUCUAAAGCAGACGUCAUCGAGGUUCCCGAGGAUCGGCCAAAGGCUCCGACGCCAAUCCGUGACUCAUCGCUCCCACCUCCACCUCCUCCGAAGCCAGAGACUCCAUUGGCCAUCCGUAGGGCCGGCCCGAUUCCAACACCCCAGCUGCUCGAGAUGAUUCACCAGGAAGACUCGUAAGAAAACAUAUGGAAACCGUUUAAAAGUCUGGAAUUCCUUUUCAGCGCCCGCCCUUCCUCGCCCACACUCCCCUCUCAGUCUCACAGUCGUCCACAGUCUCCGGCAGUUCCCAAAGUAUGUUUUCCUUAUUUCCCAUUCAAUCAAAACAUUUCCGCAAUGCUUCUUUUUCGCAGAAGCCGUCAGUGGUCAGUCCAUUGGGCCUCCUCUGUGAUCCACAUUUGUCGCUGGAGAAGUCGUCAGGUGCUCCUCCAGAAGACGUUCCGUCAAACCAAUGGACCCAGUGCCAGUGGCCCCCCGUCGAUGAGAAAGAGUUGAACGAUGCAUUGGAAAGAAGAAAUAAGAUUCUGGAAGGUGAGUGUAUUCCGGAAAUCAUUGAGAGCCUAGGCAAAUUUUUGUUUUUGUUCAUCGAAUCUUCCGAAAAAAAGCGGGGGCAAGCGUAAAGUGUCUAAUGAAAUGUCAACAUAUCACUUAUUCCGGCUCCUUCUGGUCACCUCCUCCUCAUCUUCUUCUUCCUUUUUCCUAAUCUCUGCGCUUCUUCGUCUCUAGCCAUUCCUAAGAAGUUUCUCCGGAACAGACGUGUAAUUGCGAGAACACAUCGUUCAGAUUUGACCGAUGUUGGUGGCGGUAGGCCGCGCAUCAUAAACAAUAGUUGAUUAUGUCUGUGUCUCUUCAUCCCGCACACUCUCUCUCUCCUCGUCUUGUUGAUCACCGUCGAUUCCACCGUCACACGCAACAUUAGUCAUCGUCCUCUGGUUCAUUUCCGAGCUUAUUUUUGUCUUCUGUUGUACUCAGCCGACCCAAUUACCGCUUCAUUUCCUGGCAACCGAUAAAGUAUUUCGAAACUCUGCGCGUCUCCGACUUCCGCUUCUGCUCUUCUCCAUUCUCCAUACGGAUUUCGCAAGCAGGCGAAUCAGAUCCGCAGUUGUUUUUUUGCAUUCAAAAUAGCAUAGUUUCGCGCCAUAGAUUCGUCAUCUCGGACAAGGUCGCUCACCUUUUCGCGCCGGUUGUUUCUCUCCCUCUCGUGACUCGUUCUCCUUCCGUUUUCUUCUAUUUUUCUUGACCGAAGGCCCGGAAUUUCAGCAGUGAUCAUGUUUGACGAGAACUUUUCGAGAUUCGGUAAGACCGCCUACACUAAUUCUCUAUCUUCUCGCAUCUAAAACCAUUCUCUUUCAGGCGAGAGCGUGCCGUUGAAGAUGAACAAGAAGAUCUCGUUGUACGCCGAAUUCAACGAGUUCUCGCGCAACAGAUCCAGUACUUCGUGGAUACGUUCAAGAAAUACGACGAGGAUCAGGACAACUUUAUCGAUUUCAACGAGCUGAAGCGCAUGAUGGAGAAGCUCGGCGAGGCGCAGACGCAUAUCGCACUCAAGGAGCUCAUCAAGAAGGUCGACGAGGAUCAAGACGGAAAGAUCUCGCAGCGAGAGUUCCUGCUCAUCUUUCGACUGGCGGCCACUGGAGAACUCUCGUGCUCAGAAGUCUUCAAGACUCUUGCCGACAGCGUCGACGUCUCCAAAGAAGGCGUGCUCGGAGCCGCCAACUUCUUCCAGGCCAAGGUAACUCGGAAUGAACGUAAACUUCUCAAUAACAUUGUGCUUCAGAUUGAAGAACAGACGAAACUGUCGCGCUUUGAAGAGGAGAUGAAGCAGGAGAAGGAGGAGAAGCAGCGGCAGGAAGAGGAGAAGCGGAUACGCCGUGAGAAGUUCCUGGCUAGCAAGUCGAUCUUCCACUGA